AAGCUGCGAAACACAGAGCAAAAGCAAAAUUGAAGAGACUUCAACCUGGAAAAACAGAACAAGAGAGAUAGAGAGAGAUCUGAGGUGGGGGAGAAACACUGAGUCAGGUACCGAGUUGGGUCUUGUCCUCUUAAAACAGUUUGUGAGUGAACAUAGACAGGCACAAGGAUUUGAACCAAGAUCCUGACCGUUGGAUCCCCCUAUCUGACACCAACCGUGGGAUUGAAGCCCACAACCCAUAUCAUCGUCAUCAUCUCUCUCUCCUCUCUUACUGAUUCAACAGUUGAAUUGGGAGCCCACACCAGAGAGAAAGAGCUGAGCUUUCACUCCAAAACCCAAUCCAAGUUUCUUGCUUUUUUUUUUUUUUUUUGGCUCAGAUUUGGAGCUUUGUGGCUGCCUUGGUGGAGCUGAGGAUCGGGAGAUUGAGAUGAAAAAGUGGUGAAAGCUUUGGCAAUGGUGAGGAAAUCAAGUGUGAUUUGAAUUUGAAUUGAAUUAUUGAGAGGGGGUUUGUGUUAAAUUAUCUGGGUUUUGGAAUUAUUGGGGUUAAACUGUAGUGAGAAAACCCCAAGUGGUUGUUUGUGGUUUUUAGAAUUGUGAAGUUUAGUGUAUGAGUACUACCUAUUUAGAUUUGAGUUCCAAAGCUUUAGUUCACCAAAAAUGGAUGGAACAUUAGCUUAGGAACUGAGAGAAUAGUAAAGCAAUAUAUAUAAGCAAUGGAAGAUUUUUCCAAAUAUUCCCAUAGUCCAGCUCAUUUGGCGGUUGCUCGCCGUGACUAUGCUGCCCUUAAGCGCAUUAUCUCUACCCUCCCCCGGCUUGCCAAGGCUAGUGAAGUAAGCACUGAAGCUGAGUCUCUUGAGGCUGAGCUCCGAGCUGAUUCUGUCUCAGCUGUCAUUGAUCGUCGUGAUGUUCCUGGUCGUGAGACCCCUCUGCAUCUUGCAGUGCGUCUCCGGGAUCCAAACUCAGCAGAGAUUUUGAUGGCUGCUGGUGCUGAUUGGAGUCUUCAAAAUGAGAAUGGUUGGAGUGCUCUCCAAGAAGCAGUGUGCACUAGAGAGGAAGCAAUUGCUAUGAUUAUUGCACGGCACUACCAACCGCUUGCCUGGGCCAAAUGGUGCCGUAGACUUCCCCGUAUUGUUGCCUCUGCAAACCGUAUUCGUGAUUUUUACAUGGAGAUAACUUUUCAUUUUGAGAGCUCAGUCAUCCCGUUUAUUGGUCGAAUAGCCCCCUCAGAUACUUACCGCAUUUGGAAGCGUGGCUCUAAUCUCCGUGCCGAUAUGACUCUUGCUGGUUUUGAUGGGUUUCGCAUUCAAAGGUCUGAUCAAACAUUUCUUUUUCUUGGAGAGGGCUACUCUUCAGAGGAUGGUAAUGUGAAUUUGUCCCCUGGUUCUUUGAUUGUUCUAGCACAUAAGGAGAAAGAAAUCACAAAUGCUUUGGAAGGAGCUGGUGCCCAACCAACUGAAGCUGAAGUUGCCCAUGAAGUGGCCUUGAUGUCUCAAACAAAUAUGUAUAGGCCAGGCAUUGAUGUUACUCAGGCUGAGCUUGUUCCCCAUUUAACCUGGAGGCGACAGGAGAAGACUGAGAUGGUCGGAAAUUGGAAGGCCAAAGUUUUUGAUAUGCUUCACGUGAUGGUGAGUGUGAAGUCUAGGCGGGUUCCUGGGGCUAUGACAGAUGAGGAGCUAUUUGCAGUGGAUGAUGAAGAAAGGGUGGCAAAUGGUGGUGACAAUGAUGAAUAUGAUGAUGUAUUAACCGCUGAGGAGAAGAUUCAGUUGGAUUCUGCACUUCGUAUGGGACACUCUGAUGGUGUUUGUGAGGACGAUGAUAGUGGGGUAACUGAGAGCCAUGAAAAUAGUUCAGGCACCUUUGAGAAUGGUGAAUCCAACGGUGUUGGUAAGGACAAGAAGAGUUGGUUUGGUUGGAACAAGAAAAGUUCAAAGGGAAAUGAUGAUUCUGAAGAUCCAAAGCUUUUGAAGAAGUUCUCAAAGUUGGCCCCAGAAGGUGGCAACCAGAAACCACAUGAUCAUCAAAAACCAUCAUCCGAAAUUCCUAAAGAUGAUAUGACAGAUGCCAAGAAGGGAAAAGACAAAAGCAGUAAGAAGAAAAAGAAGAAAGGAUCUAGUGAACCUAAGCAUGAGAGUGAGUAUAAAAAAGGUUUGAGACCUGUCUUAUGGUUGACACCGGAUUUCCCUCUGAAAACAGAUGAGCUUCUUCCCCUACUAGACAUCUUAGCAAACAAGGUCAAGGCUAUAAGGAGACUCAGGGAGCUUUUGACUACUAAACUGCCUCAUGGCACUUUUCCUGUCAAGGUGGCCAUCCCAAUUGUUCCAACAAUACGAGUUCUCGUAACUUUCACAAAAUUUGAGGAGCUUCAGCCAGUGGAGGAGUUUUCAACCCCUCUCUCCAGUCCAGCACAUUUUCAGGAUGCAAAGUCGAAGGAAUCAGAGGGAUCCUCAUCAUGGAUUUCAUGGAUGAAGGGGAGCCGUAGUGGGCAGUCAAGUGACGGUGAUAGUCACAGAUAUAAGGAUGAGGUUGACCCUUUCCUCAUACCUCCCGACUAUACCUGGGUUGAUGCCAAUGAGAAGAAACGCCGCAUGAAAGCCAAGAAGGCCAGGAGCAAGAAGCACAGGAAGCAUGCAACAGCGAAGAGUAGUGAUGCGACACAUCAGGCAAACGAGGAUGCUGAAGAAUAGUUUCCACAUGAAUCGAUCUUACUCUGCCUCUGCUGAUGGACUCAGUGGGACAAAAAAUGUGGUAAACCUCAUCCUUGUGCAGUCCUGACCUUUAUUCUUCCCUUUGAAUACAAUUUAGGCUGUCAAUUGUUGAUUUAGAAGAAGGGUAUCUUCUUCAGUUGUUGUAUUGUUAUGUGAUGUGAAAUCGGAAAGGAACCCACUUCUCUUUUUUCCAUUA